ACUUAGGUCUGGUUCUGCCCCUGGGGGCCAUUGGGUAAUUCCUUGCAGUCUCCAGGCCUCACUUGCCCUCUGAACAAGAAAGAGGCUGUUCUGGGUCAUCCCUCCAGGCCUGUCCAGCCCUGGCACUCUGUGAGUCGGUUUAGGCAGCAGCCCCGGAACAGAUGAAGCAGGCAGGGUUGGGACGUUUGGUCAGGACAGCCCACCGCAAAAAGAGGAGGAAAGAAAUGAAAGACAGAGACAGCUUUGGCUAUGGGAGAAGGAGGAGGCCGGAGGAAGGAGGAGACAGGAGGAGGAGGGACCACGGGGUGGAGGGGAGAUAGACCCAGCCCAGAGCUCUGAGUGGUUUCCUGUUGCCUGUCUCUAAACCCCUCCACAUUCCCGCAGACCUUCAGACUGCCCGGAGAGCGCGCUCUGCCUGCCGCCUGCCUGCCACUGAGGGUUCCCAGCACCAUGAGGGCCUGGAUCUUCUUUCUCCUUUGCCUGGCUGGGAGGGCCUUGGCAGCCCCUCAGCAAGAAGCCCUGCCUGAUGAGACAGAGGUGGUGGAAGAAACUGUGGCAGAGGUGACUGAGGUAUCUGUGGGAGCUAAUCCUGUCCAGGUGGAAGUAGGAGAAUUUGAUGAUGGUGCAGAGGAAACCGAAGAGGAGGUGGUGGCGGAAAAUCCCUGCCAGAACCACCACUGCAAACACGGCAAGGUGUGCGAGCUGGAUGAGAACAACACCCCCAUGUGCGUGUGCCAGGACCCCACCAGCUGCCCGGCCCCAAUUGGCGAGUUUGAGAAGGUGUGCAGCAAUGACAACAAGACCUUCGACUCUUCCUGCCACUUCUUUGCCACAAAGUGCACCCUGGAGGGCACCAAGAAGGGCCACAAGCUCCACCUGGACUACAUCGGGCCUUGCAAAUACAUCCCCCCUUGCCUGGACUCUGAGCUGACCGAAUUCCCCCUGCGCAUGCGGGACUGGCUCAAGAACGUCCUGGUCACCCUGUAUGAGAGGGAUGAGGACAACAACCUUCUGACUGAGAAGCAGAAGCUGCGGGUGAAGAAGAUCCAUGAGAAUGAGAAGCGCCUGGAGGCAGGAGACCACCCUGUGGAGCUGCUGGCCCGGGACUUCGAGAAGAACUACAACAUGUACAUCUUUCCUGUGCACUGGCAGUUUGGCCAGCUGGACCAGCACCCCAUUGAUGGGUACCUCUCCCACACCGAGCUGGCCCCACUGCGUGCUCCCCUCAUCCCCAUGGAGCAUUGCACCACCCGCUUUUUUGAGACCUGUGACCUGGACAAUGACAAGUACAUUGCCCUGGAUGAGUGGGCCGGCUGCUUCGGCAUCAAGCAGAGUGAGUGUCUGAACAAAGAAACAAGGGGCAUGGGCAGAAGCACUGCUCCCAGGGUGCUGGGUUGUCAUCGCCCCGACUCUCCGCUCUCUUGAUCUGUCUGUUGUCUGUCCUCUCUGCCUGUCUCUGCUCUCUCUGCCUAUUUGACUCCUGUCUCUUGGGCGUCUUCCUGAUCCUUCUCUGUCCAUCCAACUGUCCCUCUCUCUUUCCCUUCCUCAAGCGUUAGCACUCACCCUGUGCUAAACACUAUUUUGGGAACUGGCAGGCACACAGAGAGGAAACAGGAAGUGUAACUUGGCAGCGUGUGUAAGAGACAGGGACAGGCCAGAGACAGGGAGAGUGAGAUUCCUCCAUCACUGACUUCCUGGGUGACCUUGGACGGCCACCUAGACCCCUGCCCCUGGGGAUGGGUGGGAGUCCACUGACCCCUUGGGAAGUGCGUCAUCAUCGACGCAGCCUUAUUUUUAACCGUGCUCUUUUCUUGCUUUGCAGAGGAUAUCGACAAGGAUCUUGUGAUCUAAAUCCACUCCUUCCGCAGUACCGGAUUCUCUCUUUAACCCUCCCCUUCGUGUUUCCCCCAAUGUUUAAAAUGUUUGGAUGGUUUGUUGUUCUGCCUGGAGACAAGGUGCUAACAUAGAUUUAAGUGAAUACAUUAACGGUGCUAAAAAUGAAAAUUCUAACCCAAGACAUGACAUUCUUAGCUGUAACUUAACUAUUAAGGCCUUUUCCACACGCAUUAAUAGUCCCAUUUUUCUCUUGCCAUUUGUAGCUUUGCCCGUUGUCUUAUUGGCACAUGGGUGGACACGGAUCUGCUGGGCUCUGCCUUAAACACACAUUGCAGCUUCAACUUUUCCCUUUAGUGUUCUGUUUGAAACUAAUACUCACCGAGUCAGACUUUGUGUUCAUUUCAUUUCAGGGUCUUGGCUGUCUGUGGGCUUCCCCAGGUGGCCUGGAGGUGGGCAAAGGGAAGUAACAGACACACGAUGUUGUCAAGGAUGGUUUUGGGACUAGAGGCUCAGUAGUGGGGGAGAUCCCUGCAGAACCCACCAACCAGAACGUGGUUUGCCUGAGGCUGUAACUGAGAGAAAGAUUCUGGGGCUGUGUUAUGAAAAUAUAGACAUUCUCACAUAAGCCCAGUUCAUCACCAUUUCCUCCUUUACCUUUCGGUGCAGUUUCUUUUUCACAUUAGGCUGUUGGUUCAAACUUUUGGGAACAUGGACUGUUAGUUCUCUGGGAAGUGGUCAGCGCAUCCUGCAGGGCUUCUCCUCCUCUGUCUUUUGGAGAACCAGGGCUCUUCUCAGGGACUCUGGGGACUGCCAGGCUGUUUCAGCCAGGAAGGCCAAAAUCAAGAGAGAGAUGUAGAAAGUUGUAAAAUAGAAAAAGUGGAGUUGGUGAAUUUGUUGUUCUUUCCUCACAUUUGGAUGACUGUCAUAAGGUUUUUAGCAUGUUCCUCCUUUUCUUCACCCUCCCUUUUUUUCUUCUAUUAAUCAAGAGAAACUUCAAAGUUAAUGGGAUGGUCGGAUCUCACAGGCUGAGAACUCGUUCACCUCCAAGCAUUUCAUGAAAAAGCUGCUUCUUAUUAAUCAUACAAACUCUCACCAUGAUGUGAAGAGUUUCACAAAUCUUUCAAAAUAAAAAGUAAUGACUUAGAAACUGC